UCCGGAAGUGGGGCCGGCCGGAGCCAGAGAAGGUUGCGCGUUCCAGGCGGCAUCUUGGGCGGUCGGUGUCUCCCGGCGACGUGAUCCCGGUGCCGCGUGUGGCAAAAUGGCGGCGCCCAGGCGGCCUCGCGAGGGGGAGGUUGUGGAAGACGCUUCGCCGGAGGUGAAGCGGCCCCGCGGGCAGAAGCGGCUCUUGGUGGUGCUGGAAGGGGCGAGUCUGGAGACGGUGAAGGUGGGGAAGACGUUCGAACUUCUCAACUGCGACAAGCACAGAACGUUGCUGCUGCGGAACGGCCGGGACCCCGCGGAGGUGCGGCCCGACAUCACCCACCAGAGUCUUUUGAUGCUCAUGGAUAGCCCACUGAAUCGGGCUGGCCUCCUGCAGGUUUAUAUCCAUACCCAGAAGAAUGUUCUAAUUGAAGUCAAUCCCCAAACCAGAAUCCCAAGAACUUUUGAUCGAUUCUGUGGUCUCAUGGUUCAGUUGCUGCAUAAGCUCAGCGUUCGCGCAGCUGAUGGGCCUCAGAAAUUGUUGAAGGUGAUUAAAAAUCCAGUCAGUGAUCAUCUCCCUGUUGGCUGUAUGAAGAUAGGUACCUCUUUUGCAGUUCCAAAGGUGUCAGAUCUGCAUGAACUGGUUCCUACAGCAGAGCCAGUUGCCAUUGUUGUGGGAGCUUUUGCUCAUGGUUCAGUCAAUGUUGACUAUACAGAAAAGAUGGUUUCCAUCAGCAACUAUCCCCUCUCUGCUGCCCUGACGUGUGCUAAAGUUACUACUGCCUUUGAGGAAGUCUGGGGAGUAGUAUGAGCUUCUGCUACUGCUGUCAUGGUAGACUCCUAUACAGUAACUCCAUAUUCUGGAAAGGCUCUUUUAUUUGGGUGUGGACCUGGUGCAACUUUGGGCUCCUAGAAGGGAAGAGGCAUCAGUUUCAUCCUUGUAGCUUCUGGAUCAAUGAGACUUCAAAUGGCCUGCCCCACUGGCCCUUUUUCCUCCUAUUAAAGGUCACUUUUCACAAGA